AUGUCAAUUCCCUACUCAAGUCUCCAAAAAAUCCCCCUCUCAUACGCUUCCUGCUCAAUCGGCUGCGGCCCGAAGGACACCCUUCCGCGCCGCCUCGAAGCAAUCAGUGAAGCAGGCUUCAGCGCAAUCGAGCUAUCCUUCCCAGACAUCUUAGACUUCGGCGCGCUAACCACUGGCCAUCACAUCGGGCCAGAAAAUUACACUGCAAUUUUGCCUGUGGCCGUGGAAAUCCGUAAACUAUGUGAAGAACGUGGGUUGAAAAUUAUGAUGCUGCAGCCAUUCUCAAACUUCGAAGGUUGGGUCAAGGGCUCUACGGAUCGUGAGGAUGCAUUUGCUAGAGCCACAGGUUGGAUGGAUAUUAUGGAUGCCGUGGGUACAGAUUUGUUGCAGGUCGGAGCAACAGACACACCAGAACCCUUAAUCACAACAGAACGCGAUGUCAUCGUCGCUGACUUGCGUUCUUUAUGUGAUAUUCUCGCAAAACGCAAGUUCCGCCUCGCCUACGAGAACUGGUGCUGGUCGACCCACGCGCCCGGGUGGAAGGAAGUCUGGGAGAUAGUGAAAGCGAUAGAUCGCCCAAAUUGCGGGUUAUGUUUGGACACAUUCCAGACUGCGGGCAGUGAAUGGGGCGAUCCGACUACAGAGUCUGGUCUGAUUGAAUCGGUCCCGCAGUCCGAGCUACGGAAGCGGUUCGAUGCGAGUAUGGAUGAGCUCGCAAGGUCUGUGCCUAGCGAGAAAAUCUAUCUGCUUCAGAUCUCGGAUGCGUAUAAGUUGUCACCGCCGUUGGAGGGAAAGAUUGUUGGUGGCCUGAGGGCUAGGGGUCGGUGGAGUCAUGAUUAUAGGCCUAUGCCAUAUGACGGCGGGUAUUUGCCUAUUGAGGAUGUUGCGAGGGCGGUGCUCAAAACGGGCUUCCGGGGUUGGUUCUCGGUGGAGAUAUUUGAUAGUGGGCCAAAGGGAACUGGGAAGGUGUAUGAUAUGGGGUCCUUUGCAGCGAAGGCAAUGGGUAGCGUGCAGAAGUUUUUGAAGAAUUGUGCGACGGAUUGA